AUGUCUCUUUCCAAUGUUGAAUCCCAGGCCGCAGAGGAUAUAGAAAGACAACAGAGACGAGCACGCAGAGUUCGAAACCUCACCAACCGCUUUCGCGUCCUUAUCAUUGGCCGCGCCAACGCGGGGAAGACAACCAUCCUCCAACGAGUUUGCAAUACAACGGAACAGCCGAAAAUUUUCAAUCCGGAGGGUCAUGAGAUUGACUUGUCUGAGCUCAAUCCAACGGCACAGAGAGGGGAGCACGAUAUUGAGAAUGAAAUGAUAUUUGAGAGCAAUACAGCAUUUGUCUUUCAUGACUCACGUGGCUUUGAAGCAGGCAGAACAUCUGAGCUGGAUAAAGUCAAGGAGUUUCUGCAAAAACGUUCAACCAACAACCGGCUUGAGGAUCAUCUGCAUGUGAUUUGGUGA